CGUGAACAGCGUUUCUAAGGAAUCAAAGAAACUGCAGGAGAAGGAAUGGAAGAUGGCACCACAAAGCAUACCUUGCGGGGAAUUGGAGCUGAGAAACGAAAAUGGCCAGGCACUCUUCGGAAGACUUCAGGCGGAGUUCCUCGCCCUUGCAGUCUCUACAUAUGUCCCGUCGUUCUCCAUCUCUGACCCCAAGGUCACCGUCCCUGUCUCCUCGAUCCCCAUUGCACUCCCCUUGCUCGCCUUCAAGUGCUUGUAGUGACCGUUUCCAGUGGAUUUGGACAGGAUGUAGGACACUGAAAGUGCCACAACAAGGUGCAAAUAUGUCAGCAUCAUCUCCAUCUAACUUGCAAGUCCCCUUUAUGGGACAUAGUCCCAGUUUCGUGUUUACAGGCCAUCCUCAGGCAUGUAGGAGUAAUAGCUCUGCCUCGUCCAUCAUGGAUAUGACCUAUGAGGCGGAUAUACUAGAGCGGGCAGUCAUUGAAAAUGACGUUGUGACCGUUAACCAUAUCCUCCAGAUCCAUCAUAGUAAAUUCCCUGUAAACUUACAUAGCAGUAUCCUGGAUAAAGCUAGCUGGGAUUCUGGUAGCCACAAGGUAAGCCAGGCAAGUCAAGAAGUUGAGAUACUCCUCAGAAAAAGUCAAACGUUGAUUGAUAACUACGACCGUGCUGAAAGUGUUAUCUUUUCCGGGGACAUCCCUCCUGUCUUCCGCAACGCAUUGCAUCUGGCCGUGAGACAUUCGUCUUUGGAUGUUAUAAAAUUACUCCUUAAAUAUGGCGUUGAUCCCAAUGAAAUAGGAUUGCGCAUGUCACAAGAACGCGCUGGAAGUAUCUCUUUGAGUAGUCCGCGUUCCCCAGGGCGAAAGGACGUCAGGUUCUCUACAAACAAACCAGUUAGCGGAACUGAAAGUGCUACUGCUGUCACUCAAAAAGACAGUGUUUCAAUAGAAUAUGAUAAUAAUAUAGUCGCGCAAGAACCCAAUGGCUGUGAAAGUCAAUUAGAUGCACAUCCGAAUGACACAACAUCGACAUUUGCAAGCAUUUAUUCAAAAGAUUGGCUAUUUGGGCUCCCAGUGCUUUUUCUUGCUGUAGUGACUGGAAACGAUUCCAUCGUUCGACUUCUUUUAAGAUAUAAUGCUAAUCCGAAUUACCAAGACGAUCGUGGAAAUACGCCAUUGCAUUUGUGUGCAUGCUCGGAAUUUCGCAGCACUGAUUGCGCUCAGGUAUUGAUUGACAACGGUGCGCGGAUACGCGUCUUGAACAAUUACGGGGUUUCUCCCUGCCAGCUAUUUCCUGAAUUAGUAAAUGAGCAGACGCGUGUUCUGAAAGAAGCGCUUGCUUGCUUCCAGGAAUUUUACACGUCCUCUGGAGUGGGGCGCUUGGACGCCGCUGCCGAUACCUCCCACGGUAUUACCAGUCACAACAGGCAAUUCGGGAAACUGCUUAAACGUAUCAGUACGGAAAGCAAAUUGCAUCGGAAUAAGGACAAGAGACGCUGUGACGCCGAGGAUACAAGCAGCAUAUUACGCGACCGAGUCUCUUCUUUUAGCUCUGUCAGAAGCAUAAGGAGGAGGACCACUUCUGGAGCUACCAGCUUGUUGGAAGAGUCAGAAAUUUCCCCAGUGGACAUAGAGGUGACUGUGAUAAGCCACGACAGUGAGAGGGGCUCCACACAUGUGUUGGACAGACCACUCUUCCGCAAGAUGAGCCUCAGGCGUAGCGAUCGUGCUAAAGGCAAGUCGGUAAUCUCAGUGGAAACCCUAGCAGAGAAAGAUAAACCAAGAUUUGAGGAUAUAGAAAGAUGUCUUGGCACCUUGAUCAAGCUUGCAGGAAAUUCAGAAUGUGUUCCAUCUUUAGUGGAGGGCCUGGCAUCAUGUAUGAAUACAGUUAUCUCAGUGGCUGACCAAACUGGAGCCCAGAGCAUUGAAAAAUGUACCAGUGAAUUGUUCAACCAACUUAUUACGACUUGCUAUGAAGACUUGCAGAAUGUUGGUGGCCAGAGAGAACGCUGUGCCUGCCUGCUUCACCUGUCCACUUUGCUGACUACAUCAAUACAACUGCUGAAAGGCAAGCAACCCCUCCACUUCACUGCACUCAAUGCCAUCAAUAGGAUUAUUGACAUAUGUAUUGUAAGCGGCUCGUAUGAUCAGCAUGGAAUUGGAUCCCUUUACUUUCAGGAUGAGAAUAAGGAAUUAAAUUUCCUUGGGACCCUUCAAGAUGGGGAUGUUCUCCUGCCAGAAGGAAGCAGCAAGAAAAAAGAAGGGAAGUGCUCAAAACACAAACUUGCAGGAGAGUGUAAGAAAAUGCAUUACAAAUGUCGAGAGCGAGAUGCUCCCCAUUUGGAAAAAGUUGAGCACUCCAAGUGUAAGUUCAAAGAGGGCAAAUUAGGUGGGGAGGAGGAAGACGAAUUUGAGGAGGAAAAUGAAGACCAUCUCUUGGGUGCUAGAACUCCACUGGAAAUUCUUCUUCAUUGUGAUCCAGGCCCUGUGCUUAGUGUCCUGCACAAUUCCAUCACAAUGCACAAACGAAUCGUUGGGGCCCGUCAGAAAUGUACACCGAGCACACGAUGGCGCCACUGCACACACCAUUGUUUGCAGAUUCUCAGUGCCCGUGUACUUGCUCUCAUGUGUCAUGGUCCUUAUGUACAGCACAAGGUUGUUACUGAUGGCCAUCUUAAAUCUCUUGUGGAAGGGCUGGAUCCCAACCAUGACCCGCAUCUCCUUUGCCUCAUACUACAGGCCUUGGCCACCAUAGCAUUGAACCCUUCUUACCAUCAAGCCCUCGCUGAGGCAGACAUAGCUGACGUGCUGAUGCAGCUUCUCCUUCCCUCUGAUGAAUGGUAUUAUACUAACCACAGCACCAAGUAUGCCUGCUACGUCAAGUACCAUGCAGCCAGAAUCUUGGUCUACAUGGGCUACUUCCACAAGCUUGGGGGAAGGGUCGAUCUCUUUGAUAUGAAAUUAUUCCAAGACAAAGCCUCCAAUCCUCUGCUCCAAGUGCACUCUCCAGAAGACAGUUUUAUUGAGUUGAUGGCUCUUGGAAAAGUGAUUAAGAAAGACGGCCAGGGAUACAUUGAGGCAGGCUCACCAGAGGGUUUGGUAAUGGCAAUCAUACAGGAUGCUGUAGAAGAGGAACACAAUUAUUUGCUGUCCACCUUGUGUGGUGUGCCCAAUCAGACCUUACAAGUGUCUCCAGAGGUUGCACAGUCCAAAACUGCCACAAAGCCAACAACUUCUAAGACAUCCAGACCCACGGAUUCUGAGGAAUAUCUGCUGCAGUUAUAUCACAAGCCAUUCCGAGAACUCUUCUACUCUGCCAUGCCCCUGCUGAUUCACCCUGUGAUAGUUAUUCGUUUGUUAUACCACAAGAUGUUUGGAAGCCUUGUAAGAAGAAAGCUGCCAGACCUUAAGGACCAGGAGAAUGAUGAAGAUGCCAUGAAGGAAAGUUACCACAAGAAAAGAAGGCUUACUUAUGGGAACUGUAAUGGACAGAAUCAUAAAUUUGACGGGGAUGAUUUUGGACCACCUGAUUGGGUGGAAUCCCCUGUAAUGGCGUCAGGGUCAACAACUAAUGCUGCUGUCAAAACGCUGGCUAGGAAUGUGGUUUUUCCUGCUCCAUUGGAGCUGCAGAUAGCCAUGACACCCUCGCCUCAGAUCAGUGAUUUAGAUUUGUACCAUGAUAAAUCUGACAGCAAUGGUAAGGAGGAGGGUAAAAUAAGUUCCAGUCGGAGGAUAUUCCAUAGGAGUUCAAAGAAAAGCAUAUCGAAGUCUGUUGCCAAUCUGCAUUCCAAUUCAAGCCCACCCCAAAAUAGUCCAGAGGAAAAGGCUCAAAAUUACGACAUACUUGCAUUCCAAAGGGAGCUUAUAAAUUUGCCAACAUUUGUGUUAGAUACACCGCAAGUGUCUCCUAUGCCUUCUAGGUCCAACUCUGUACCAGAUAUGAGAGAACUGACCAAUAAAGAUGGACACUCAGUGGCUGCUACAAUGAGUGACCACAAUAUAAGAUGUUCAGGCUCUCUAGAAACAAAGACUCAAGAAGCAGAAAAGAUGAAAGAAGUAAAAGAAUCUGAUAAAAAACUUGUUAAACAGAGCCAAGUUAAGUCUCGUCCUGUGUUUGUUUUGGAAGACGCAACUUGCACCAGUUCAGACACAGAGCCUUGUCACUCACACCGUGCUUUAACUAUUGGAGAUACUCAAUCUGUAGGCAUUGCAAGAAUUCAUGCUGUCAAGAGGCAUGCAGAGGUUAAAGCAAUGAAUGCUCAUCUACAGGUUAAACAUCAAUCUUCUCAUCAGCCAUUGCCAUCCCCCUAUCCAUCAAAUCAUCUUUAUCAUCACCGUAAUCAUCAUCAUCAUCAUCAUCAUCAUCCACAUCACCUCAGCCAUGCAGCUACUUCGCCCAUGCAAAGCCAGCUUGGUUUACCUCGAACACCCAUGUUGUGCAUUUCCUCUGCUUCUGUCACGUCUUUACGCUCUGAUGUUAGUUUUCAUUCCGUAUAUUCCAGUCACCAUUACUUUGGUGGCAUGGAGGUACCACUGCAACACAAAGCAGUGAUGAAAAUCAUAGAGUCCUGGGUGAAUGUGUGCAGUGCAGACUUUGAGAAUGAUCUCCUCGCUAGCUCUGAGAUGAAGGACUUUCUCAAUAAAAUGCAAAGCCUUGGAUCAGAUUAUAGACAGUGGUGUAGAAAUAUGUGGAUCAUGCUAAAACUGGAGAAUGUAGAUACCAGAAAGAAAACUAACCAAGAUAAUGAUGUGGAGAGUGCCCAUGAACAGUAUAAAAAGCUCCAGCAGUUGAUAGUGAGUGGAGAACUACCAUGUUCCAAGGAGGAGGCUGCCACACUUGCUGGCAUCCAGCUUCACAUUGAAGAGGCAUGGCCAGAGAAUGAAAGUGAAAAUGUAGACAAGCAAGCCAGUGACUUAGCCAGAGCUGUAGCUAUACUGAAAAGUAAAACUCUCAGUAUUGACAACUUGGCCAAGCAAGAAAACCUAACAAGAAAAAAGGAACUGAUCCGAACUCAGAAGGCACUAAAAUUGACCAGCAGUAGGAGGAAACUUGUACGCCAGUUGACAUGUGUCAGUGAUACUACGGAGAGUGUGCUCACUGCUACAGAAGUGAACUUUGGAAAGUGCCUGCCACCUGAUUAUAAGGAGUCUAAAAAAGUGCACGAUUUAAUAAAAGAAAAGCAGAAGCGCCUUUGGCAUACACCAUACUAUGACAAUGAAAUCAAACUGAAGCAGUUGUAUAUCAAGAUCUGCAAAAACCUACCUGCUUAUGGCUGUAAACUAUUUCAAGUCAAGGAGCUGAUUAGAGGAAGCUCUCGCAAGAAGGUGGGCCGUAUUCUUGCGGUCAGUGCGUCAAAGAUUCAGUUGCUGGACAGUAAAAGCCGUUUCAUAGUCCGAUCUCAGCCAGCCAGCUCACUACAGGUGUGGAAUAGGAGUGGAGGGCGCUCCCAGGAAAAGCUGGUUUUGGAGUUUUUUGGCACCAGACCCUGGGUCCUGUCAAUGGCACUUGCUGACUCAUACAAGGAAGUGACCAGUGCAUUGUGGGAAGUCCUGGGGAUGGACAGCAAGUGUCUGGAAAGCAUUUCUAUGAGAAGAGACAGCUGGAACUACCUGGAUUUUAGUGGAAAGCGGCAACUUAUGUGCCGCAGUGACCAUGACCAUAGCUCCAUCCCAAGCCAAGAACUAGACAAUCUUCAGAAGCUUCUCCAUUUCCCAGAGGAAGUGGCCUUCAUGCUGACCAAGGUGGAGCGUGAGUUAUUCCAGCAAGUGACCCCUGUCCAGUAUAUCCGUCAGCUGACUCUUGACCUGUCCAGAAUUCCCAGCUCAGGAACCAGUCAACCCACAGUCCACAGUCUGGUGCACAGGUUCUGUGAGGUCAGCUCAUGGGUGACCCAUCUUAUUAUCACCCAGCCUACUCAUGAAGAUCGCAAGGCCGUGCUGUCAUGCAUCCUGCGCUUGGUCAGUGCGUGCUGGAGCCUUGGCAACUUUAACACUGCAGUGGAGGUCCUGGCAGGGCUCAAAUCUGAUAAGCUGAAGCCUUUUUGGUUGUCCAUAUCUGACGAAGACUUGUCUACCCUGCACAUGCUCAGUGAUGCUGUGCUGUCUGGGGAGGUCACUUUGGAAUACAAGGAGGCUCUGGCCAGAGCUCUUGAUAUCCUUGACUGUAAGGUGGUACCUUUCUUUGGUGGCUUCCUCUCUGACCUGAAGACCAUCUUGGCUGGGGUACCGAGUAUUGUUGUCCUACCAUCAGAAGAAAACCAGUCCCUAGAAUUUAUUUCUGACUACAAUGGAGAGGAUAGAUUUAUGACGAGGAUUGGUGUGGGGGGUCUUCUGAAUGUUGACAAGCUUCGCCAAGCACAAAUUGUCUUGGAUGACAUUGAGCAAUUCAGACAACAUGGUCGACAGCAAGAUGCUUCUGAUGUAGAGUGCUCAUCACUGGAUAGGGACAAGAGUGAUGCAGAAUCAGACCUUGGUAAAGUAGAAAGAGAAGACAGCGACUAUGACCUAGAUCUAGACAGCUAUCAACCCAUCCACCCACUCUCUGCAGACCAUGGAGUCACCAUCAUCCCUCCAAAGCAGGCCAAGAUCAACCUCCACUACUUGCAGUGCAUGCACUUUGGCAGCACAGUGAUCCACACAGAGGAGGACAGCUCCAGGUCCGCCAUAUGCUGCCUUAAACUAGAACACACUAACGGCAUGCUAUCCUGGUGCAAGCCCAGUUGGAGUACCAUGAGAGGAGGCUCCACUGACUACUACUUAGGGGGAGAGUGGGACUCCCCUCCCUCUACAGGGCUAAUAAACAGAUACACCUAUGGGGACCUGGUAUGUACGAACUUAGAAGAAGGCUAUAUAGAUCUAAGUUUUAUCAAGGAGGUUGUUCUGGGCAACCAGUUGAUUGACACCACUGUGAUAUGUAAACGCCAUGGCCUUGAAGACCUUACGGCCAACCAGCAUUGUGUGUCUAUCCUGUAUGGCACAAAUCUCUCUGAUAAUCGCUGGUUGAAUUUUGUGGCACCCAGUAAUGUGGUACAGGUAUGGUACCUAGGACUGAAGUGUCUUGUAGCAGCUGUGCGGAGACAGCAGCAGCAGACAGACCAGAGAAUACAGUGGUUAAAGGAACAAUACUUGCAGCUGUACUACUGGGAAAAUAAAUGCCAGGGACCAAACCCUGCUGAGGCUAUAAAGGUAUUUGGUGGCCGUAAAUGGGACUCGAACACAAACAUUCCAAAUAGCCCAAUCCCUGGCUCUGGCCCCCAGUCUCAGCAGCCCCAGUCUCAGCAGCCACAGCUCCAGCCACAGCCUAGCACAGGGUUUAAGCGGUCAGCCAGUGUUGGUGUGGGUCCGCUCAGAACGACCAGAAAAUGUCUGAACAGUCCACUGACCUCAAUUAGAGAUGUGCUCCCUUCACGGAGAGCAUCUGCUGGGGAUUCUCCUGAUUCUCCUCAAGCAUCUUCUGCCCCAGCUGCAACUUGCCUGCCAGAGGAACGUAGUGCCCCGUCCCCCAGACCUGAGCCUCUGAGGACCACAGUGAGAUCAGGCAGCGACUCUGAGUUAGAGAAUAGGUUGCACAGAAUACCAGUCCAUACAUUGAAGAGAAAGUGUAUGACUUGGAAUGUAGCCUUUACACACAGGAGUGAAAGGAGAAAGCUUUCCAUUGGAGGCCACUUUGUAGAUACCAAGAACAACUCUAUCACACAUUCCACCCAGCUAGACUUUCUGGAUUUCUUGGACUUAUUCAAAGCUUUUAGUCUGCGUUGCCGAAAAGACAUCAAAGACCUUUAUGAGAGAUUUUUGCUUUCUAAACCUGGAGACAGUAACACAUGUGGACAAGGCAGUGAAAAAGUCUUGCUGAAGCCAAACAAAAAAGAUAUGGGUCUGAUAACCAGGAACACAAUCUUAGAUCUGACUCUUGACAACCAUCGGAGGCGUAUCUGUGAUGCGCUGGCGGUGGCCAGUAUUGUCAGUAACUGCGCUGGGGUCAGUACAGCCAAACGGGAGUUCAUCAGCGUGUGUGAAUUUCGUGGCUUCUUGCAUGAAUACCAGGAGGACCAUCUCAUUGAUGAUGACAUCGUCAAGUUGAUACAGCGCCAUGAACCUGACCCCAGCCUGAGGCAAAUGCGUGUGCUCUCAUUUGAAGGGUUUGCCAGGUACCUGAUGGACAAGGACAACUAUGCCUACCAGAAUGAAAAGACAAACCACACAGAUGAGGACAUGGACCAGCCCAUGACUCACUACUAUAUAGCAUCCUCACACAACACCUACCUGACUGGGAAUCAGUUCAAGGGGGAGUCUUCAGUGGAACUCUAUAGUCAGGUGUUGCUGACUGGUUGUCGCUGUGUAGAACUAGACUGCUGGGAUGGAGAUGAUGGGUUUCCUGUCAUCUACCAUGGACACACACUCACCACAAAGAUUCCAUUUAAAAGUGUGGUAGAAGCCAUCAACAAAAGUGCCUUUGUUGCAUCUCCCUAUCCAGUGAUUCUGUCCAUUGAGAACCAUUGCUCUAUUCCACAGCAACAAAAAAUGGCUCACAUCUUUCAGAAUGUAUUUGGUGACAAAUUGGUUUCCAAGUACUUGUUUGAGCUUGACUUCACUGAUGAUCCCUAUCUGCCCUCCCCCAACCAGCUCAAGUUCAAGAUUCUAAUCAAGAACAAGAAAUUACGCUCAACACAUAAGCCGCUGCUGAAGCAAAAGAGCUCUGCUGCCAAUCACAUGAGAGCCCUUACCACACUGAGCACAGUCUCCAGUGAAUCAGGCUCAGUCCAAGAAGACGAUGAUGAUGAUGAUGACGAUGAUGAUGAUGAAGAUCUUGGAGAUGAUAAGGAGCUGGCCUUGCUCAGGACCUCCUUGGGUAGUCAGGAUGACUCUGUGGAGUCAGAGGAGUCCAAGAUGGAACACUCUAGGACUGGCAGUGACCCUGUUCCAGAAGGGAGAGCGAGAUCAAAAAGUGAUGUUUUGUCUGAUAGAAUGAGACCCAAAAGCCAGUCAGACUUAGACUGGAUAUAUGAUGAAGAACUUCAGCUGGCUCUGAAAGCACCCAAAGUUAAACAGAAGAAGGCUAACCAGAUUGCAAGAGAACUCUCAGAUUUGGUGGUCUACACCCAGGCCAUUAAAUUUAAAGGUUUGGCAUUGAGUCCCUUGCCCACCAUAAAGACAAAGAAAAUAGUUGUGAAGAAGAACAUCCUGGGGACUUCCCCUAGUGCUUCCACGGUGGCACCUGCUGCUGCUGCUACUCCUAUAGAGGAGAAAAGAGAAAUCAACUUCACCUCCAUCCCUGCUAAGACCAGGAACGGCCAUGCAUCAUGCCACAGCAUCUCUUCCAUCAAUGAGAACAAGGCCAAGCAGCUUUGCCGGAGAAAUCCUGUACCUGUCAUCAAUCAUACUGAAAAGCACCUCUUGCGUGUGUAUCCCACUGGAGUGAGAAUUGACUCUUCUAACUUCAAUCCUGUUAUAUUCUGGGCUUUUGGUAUACAGAUGGCAGCACUAAACUACCAGACAGAUGACACUGCCAUGCACCUGAAUAGUGCCCUGUUUGAGCAGAACAACCGCAGUGGUUAUGUUCUCAAGCCCCCGGUAAUGUGGGAUAAGACUCAUGUCAUGUACAACAGGUUUAACCCCUGGGAUAGGGAGUUUGAUGGACUGCAUGCUACUGCCGUUACAAUACAUGUGAUAUCUGGUCAGUAUGUCUGCCAAAAUAACCUGAAUGGAAGUCCAAUGGUGGACAUAGAAAUUAUUGGAAUACCUGUAGACAGCACAAAGCAAAGAACAAAGGUGGUCUCAAGAAAUGCACUCAAUCCAAUAUGGUAUGAUGUCUUCUCAUUCCAGGUGAUGUUCAGAGAUCUUGCAUUUGUGCGGUUUACUGUGACAGAUGUAACCAGUAACCACAUUACAGCACAAAGAAUCAUUCCACUCAAGUGUCUGAAGCCUGGCUACAGACAUGUCCGACUGCGCUCACCUACCAACCAACCUCUAGAGCUGGCCACUUUGUUUAUAUUCUCAAGACAGCAGGAAGGCUUUAGUGAUUUCUCUGUAAAUCUGGAUAAUCCCCAAGACUUCAGUGCCAGUAAAAGAAGAUCUAAUUUCUUUGGCAAAAACAAAGAAGGAGAAACAUUGGCAAGAACUGAGACGGGUCCAUGCAGUAUUCCCAUAGUGCGUGCUAAGAGGCGAAUGUUCUUCAUUAGUCUGUAUGGAGUUGUCCCAUCAGAAGAGUACACAAUCCUCAAGGUCACACAGGAUACCACUGUCUUUGAAACCAUAACUCAGGCUUUGGUAAAAGCUGGAAAGGUGGAUGAAAGGGAAACAGACUUUGUAAUAGUUGAAGAGGUUCAGAAGAGCUGGGAUAAGAAGGAUGCUGGAAAGGGUGGCCAUCAUCAAAUCUUGGACAUGCAGGACCCUAUACUUCUGUGUAUGAAUAGUUGGAAGGGUCAAGGAAAACUUAUACUGAAAAAGAAAACCGAUGACCCAAGUACAAGAGCAUGGAUCUCUACAAUAAUGGCCACAGAUCAGAAGAGACGUCAGAGAUCUCUGGACACGGACAGUACAGACUGGGAGACAGAUGAACAGAUGUUUCAUGUUUGUGUCUACAAUGUGUCCUCUGAUCAGCCAUACACCAUCUUCAAAGCACCUGUCACCAGCACUGCACAGGACAUUAUUACACAGGCUCUACUCCGAGCAAGACGAGCAGACGAUCCAAAGAAGUAUGUAUUACUAGAGGAGCUUUGUACAAGUGGUGGAUCUGCAGAAAGUCCUAGCCAGUCAGGGCGCAGGAGAAGCAGCUUGCGCAGACGCUUCCUUUUAGACAUGGAGAAUGUUUACCAGGCUCAGAGUGAAUGGAAGGCAACAGGAAGGUUCAUACUCACUGACAGGCCUACCACACAGAAUGAGAAGAAGAGGGUUGGGAAUAGUUUUACCAAAGCAUCUGCCUCCUUUGUGAACAGAUUCAAUGUUUUCAAGGCCAAAUCCAAAAGUGUCACCACUGACUCCAAGGGAUUGGAAGAAUCGGCCAGGUCUAAAAGCUACCCGCAGGUAAAGGCAGAGCUUAUUCCAAGUCCAGAAGGGGAGGGAGAUGAUGUGUUUGACAAAAAAAAUAUGGGUAAAGAGGAAGCAGCAAUGGCCACAACUUGCUCUCCUAAACCUUUGCCAAAGUUUAUGAAACUGUCUCAUCGCUGGAAGCCAAAUACAUAGUCCUCUGGUAAUGCCACAAUGCUUAUUCAGAGGCUAUAGUUUAGAACUGCUUUCUGUACCUCAGUCCAUUAUGAAAUACUCUGCUGAAAUAGCUCAGCAAACUUACAAUUAUGGACAAAAAUAUGACAUUGUUCAUAUAGAAAUUUCUUUUCUCAUGUUUUAACUGUGCUAUAUAUAAUAAUAGGCACAGAUUAUGGGUGCUGCUAUAGAAAAUAAUGGUACUUAUUAACUUGAAUCCAGUUAUUAUAGCACAAAGUCUAAUAAGGUUUUUAUUAUUAUUAUUAUUAUUAUUGGUCUCAGAUUGGUGCCAAAGUUAAGUUCAAAUUUAUUCAUCUGGAGGCCCAAUAUUUUAAAAGUCCAGCAUUGGUUUUAUCAAUUACUGUGUUUUGAAACAAAACUUUACCCUGUGUAUGCCUUUUUAUAUAUACAGUUUCUGUCCAGCCCAAUCAACAUAGAGACUUAUAAGCAUAAGCAGUGUUAAUAAACUUGAUAAUUAUAUUUGUCAGUUUGUUUGGAAUUUUAACAAGCAAUGUAGAGGAAUAUAAAAUUAUGGCCUAGGUAUUCCAAACAUUUAAAUUUUUAAUUUGAAAUGAAAAAUGUGACAACCAGUGUAUAUUGUAUGUGAACUUCGAACUGUAAUUAUUAUCUCAUUUCUUUAUAAACAUUAAGGUUUAUGUAUUUAAAAAAUGACAAAAUAUCCUCAUGUCUAAAUCAUAAUAAAUAUUUUUAUUGGAUUUUGAAGCAGCAGUGUAGACAGGACUGAUUUUCAAGACUUUUGUAAAAUUUCUACUUGUAUGUUUAAAUUUUCAUCAAAGCGUACUACUAUUAAAUAUUUUGGCAGAUGACUCUCCUUAAAAGUAUGCUUCAAUUGAUGAUUUUCUUACCUUUUUAUUGGCAUUUUGUUUAUGUUAAGUACAGCUGAAUAACAGUAAGUUUAUUUUGUUGACUAAAGUCUGUUUUCUUUCAUUAAUUAGUAAAUUGUAUAUUUUGCUCAUGCCAGUUUGAAUCAAGUAUCAAUACUGCAAAGAACAACAUGAGAUCAAAAAAUAAGCAAUAUUAUCAGUAUAGGGCUAACUGCAUUCCAGUUUUUUGUGUAAAAUUAAAAAAAGCCAUUCCAGCAUUCUCUGUCAGAAUAAAGUCAACUUCAUACUGACGAUCAAAGCCAUGCAAGCAUUUGUUGAUAAUUAUUUGUAAAGGGCACCAAAAAAUUGUAAUCAGUAUUCAUUAUUUCAGGUUACCAGUUUAGUUACAUUCUACGUAAGUUUACUAUAUAUAGAUUUGCCUCUUUUGUGUUAAAUCCAUACCUUAUUUUCUUUAGGACUGAUGAAAUCCACGUUAUUACAAAUUGAAAAAAGGUUAAAGAUAUGAUUCUGAGGAGAGAACUUAAUUAGCAAGCCUAUUUAAUGGGUUUUGUUAUACAGGAAGUAAGAUAUGUUACUCUAAAUCUUAGGGAACUUUUUUCCAUUGUUAGUAUUUCACUAGGAAGAUGUUUUUUCUGUAUGAUUUUUGGUGAAAUUAACUGUUGACCAAUUAGCCAGCUAACACUUCUGAACCUAGGGAAUGGUGCUUCAAUAACUUUGUUUUAUGUGGUGCAAUUGUUUGUGAAUAUUUAUUUAAAGAAUACAUAUCACCAUUUGAGGGAAUUGCCCUCUGAAUUGUUGCAAGAGUAGAUAAAUCUGUAUCAGUAAAAGGAUACUGUAGAUAUUGUAAUCCUCAUGUAUAUUGCUGACAUAUUCUAACAAACAGUGGGAAAAAUAGAAAAAAAAAAUCCUGCAUUUAGUAAAUGUAGUACCUGUAUUUACAUUGAGAAUUGUACAUCAACCUAGACAAGAUGUAGUUUCUGCUGGACCAGCAAACCACAUUGAUACCAAUCCUAGUGAGUCGUAAACCCUAGGUACCACAAAUUAAUAGACUUAUUGCCUAAUGUAUUUGCAUAUUGUGCCAAACAGUAGACCACCACUCAUGUCAUUCAUGUAUUUUAAGCUUCCUUUAUGUUUAUGGAGACACAAUUGUGUCCAGACUCUUGUCUUGGUGAUUUGAUUAAUUCAGAAAUUGCUAUGAUAAUCACUUCUAUGUAGCUUUAAAAUUUUGAAGCAUUUGAAUUAUCCCAUUAUAGUGCAAAGUUUGCUUGGGACCAUGUGUUUAAUUGCCAGUGUAUCAUAGCAACUCAUCUAGAACUUGAAAUGAAGUUGGGAAAUUAGGAUGCUUCUGACAUUUCCAUUUUAUAUUCAUUGUUCAUGAUCCUUUUGUUUGAUAUGUGAAAAUCUAGUACUUAGCAUUCUGUAUUACAAGAAAUGCCUGUCAUAUAUUUAAUAACAUAUUUAACUUAUUCAAAGAAAAUUCUUAAUUAUUACUGUUAAUUAUUACUCAUUACUGUUUGCUACUAACGAGUAUAAUUUCGCAGAUGAAUAGCAUUAAGUGAAAUGUGGUUUAUGUGGGGCCAUGGAGCAUUAAAAUUUCCUAGAAUCAAUAACUUAAAUUCUGUGGAAUUGUAGUUUCCCUGAUGGCCAUGGGUACGUAAAUGUAAAUUUUAAAUCAAAACAAUAAAAUGAUAUUUAUGUUUA